AUGUUUGAAGAAACUGAAAGAUAACUAUUAAAAUUUCUUAGAAGUUUAGCUAAAGAUUCAACUGAAGAAAUAAUAAUAGAAGAUGCUGAAAUGGAUUGUAUUCCAGAUUCUGUAAAAAGUGAAUUAGAAAAGUUUAGUCUUCUGUCACUUUAAUUAAAUAAAUGUAAAAUGAAAAGUUUAUCUAAUUUACCUGAUUCUAAAUCAAUAAUAAGAGUUUGUUUAGAUCAUAAUUAACUAAGUGGAAAAGAAUUAUCUAAAUUAAGCAUUUAUCCAAAUCUGAUUGCAUUGUCAAUUAUGGAUAAUUAAUUUGAUUCUAUUGAUGAUAUUAAAUAACUAGCAUUACUAAAUCAUCUUUCCCAAUUAAAUGUUUACAAAAAUCCAGUUGCUGAUUAACCUAAGUUUAGAUAGGAAACAUUUGAAGUUUUAAGUAAAUUAGUGUUGUUAGAUAAUCUUUCAAAGACUGGAGAUGAAAUUCAGUUAAAUGAGGAAGUGAAAAUCACUAAAAAUUUGGAAACUAUUGAUUCUUAAGACUAAAGAAAGAUUAUUGGAUGA